UCCCGCUUCCCCCCCGCCCGCGCCUGGGACAGGGGCCAGCAGACCGCGGGGGAGAAGUGUUAUUCCCAGCAUCGUGACUUUUCCAUCAUGUCAGAACCUAUAACACUCAAUGUUGGAGGAAAACUGUACACCACUUCCCUGUCUACUUUGACGAGUUUUCCAGACUCCAUGCUGGGCGCCAUGUUCAGUGGAAAGAUGCCAACCAAGAGGGAUAGCCAAGGCUACUGCUUCAUUGACCGAGAUGGCAAAGUGUUCCGCUACGUCUUGAACUUCUUGAGAACUUCCCACCUGGACCUCCCUGAGGACUUCCAGGAAAUGGGCUUGCUGCGACGGGAGGCGGAUUUUUAUCAGGUUCAGCCACUGAUUGAAGCGUUGCAAGAGAAGGAGGUGGAGCUCUCCAAAGCUGAGAAGAACGCCAUGCUCAACGUCACUUUGGAUCAGAGGACACAGACAGUUCACUUCACUGUUCGGGAAGCGCCCCAAAUCUACAGCCUGUCUUCCUCCAGCAUGGAAGUAUUUAGCGCCCACAUAUUCAGCACGUCAUCUCUGUUCUUGAAGCUCCUGUGUUCCAGAUUUUACUAUUGCUUCAAUGGCAACCUGUCUUCAAUAUCCAGCUACCUGCAGGACCCCAACCACUUGACCUUGGAUUGGGUCGCGACUGUGGAAGGCCUGCCAGAAGAGGAGUACACUAGACAGAACUUAAAGAGACUUUGGGUGGUGCCAGCUAAUAAGCAAAUUAAUAGCUUCCAGGUAUUUGUGGAAGAGGUGCUAAAAAUAGCCAUGAGUGAUGGGUUUUGUGUGGAUUCCUCCCACCCCCAUGCCUCUGAUUUCAUGAAUAAUAAGAUUAUUCGACUAAUUCGGUACAAGUAGAAAUAGCCUGUUGUUAUGGUAUCAGAAAAUACAUAACCAAGCAUAGUGUUUCAUUUUAAGACCCACUUCGAGACACUGUAACAAACAGUCUAAUACAAAAUAAUGUGAUAAUCUG